AUGAGGGCACUGGGAUGGGCGAGACAGACAGUCGGAAUCUGGAAGUUAUCAGUUAGAAGGACUCAUUAUAAAACACUUGGGAUUGACCAAUCUGCGGAUAAAAAAGAGAUCAAGAAAGCGUAUUUGCAAGCGGCAAAGGUGCAUCAUCCCGAUGCAAAUCCAGAUGAUCCAAAAGCGGCAGAAAAGUUUCAAAAAUUCAAGCCGCAAUAUGACAAUCAACUGAGGCCACAGUCUAGUGCAAGUGAAUUUUACAGCGAUGCUGGUUAUAGUUACGAUGAACCGUCAUUUUCGAGUUCUGAGGAAUGGGAUCAGUUCGAUCGCGACUUUGGAUUCAGUGGGUUUAAAUUCGCCAACGGAAGUUCUUCAGGCUCAAGACGAAGAGGGAACACAGGAGCUUAUGAUCCGUGGGAACAGUACGUUAAAAAUCAACAAACAAGAAGCUUCUAUCACGCUGCCAUGGACGCAGAAUACGGCGAUCCAAACACGAACCACGACCAUUAUUCUCAAUAUUUCAACGAUGACGAUAUCUUCGACGAUUUCUACUUUGAAGAAUAUCCGAAUGAAAACUACCAGAGAUAUUCUUACAAGAACUUUGACCAGUGGGAGAACCAGCGUCAGAAGUACGAGUCAAUCUUCAAUCAAAAAUAUGGUUUCAAUAAAAAGCGGAAGAGCUCGUCGAGAAAGAGCUUUGAAGAUUUAGAAGACGAAUAUUUCCGGCAAAAGGAGAGAUAUUGGGAGACGAAAACGCAUUCCGGCGACGAUUACAGUAAUAGAGACUGGCGAGGGCCGUAUUAUGAAGAGUUUGACAAUGAACGCUAUGGGUUUUAUGAUCAAGUUCAAUACGAAGAAUGGGAAGAGUGGAUCAAGACGCAGCCGCGUUUCAAAGAAAAUCAAAAGAAGAAAUCAAAGCCGAAGCAACGAAAAAAGCCGAAAGAUAAAUCUGAAAGUUUGAAAAACGCGCAGCGGGUUCACGCCGAGCUGGACGAAUUCGGCCAGGCUAAUAUAGAAAUGGAUGGGAAACGGUUUAAAAUUGCUGUUCAAAAAGACGGCUCCAUUGUGAUGGAAGACCUUGACAACUCAAACCCGUUCAAAGACAGUAAGAAGAAAAAGAAGAAAAGAAAAAUGUUGCUACGGGUCGCGAAGCACUGUAUCGCAAUCCAACGCUAUAAUUACUACAACUUCCUAAAGAUACCUCAACAAGCGCCAAGCUCUCAAAUAAACGCGGCUUAUUUGGCGCUCCAUGAAAAAUUAACCGAGGAAGAAGACUACCACUCUUUAGAAAAACUAGAGCGCGCCUUUGUCAUUCUUAGCGACGAAGAGAAACGGAGUAAAUAUGAUAAAUUUUUGACAAUCCAAGCGGCGAAGGGAAUCCUACGCAGCUCCAGUGGCAAAGUAGACCCGGAAGAGGAGCGAACAAAGGAGAUAAUGAGAAAAAACUAUCCUGACAUUGAAGCGCGCUUCAGCCAAAAGCAGCAAAGAAUUGAGAGAACCAGCGAAGCCAACACGGAAAGCACGAGAGUUACGCUCAAGGAAUUCAAAGACAAUCUGAAGAAAGGCGAAGAGGGCCAUUUCGCAACGAAAUCAAAGCAAAAGAGUCUUCGUAAAGCUGGACUCAUAAAACGAAAUGGGGAAAUUGUAUCUGAACGCGAGUACAAGCUCCGGGCACAACAUAAGGAGACAAAAGAGCACAUGAAAGAAAUUUUGCAAGAGUCGAUUGUUCGCAGAGCAAUCGAAAUCGAGAGACAGAGACAAGUUGCCAUCAGGGACGAAAUGGAACGCGCGGCGAAGCAAGAAAGAGUGCGACAGCUGCGGCUAGAACGCUCGAGAACGGCGCCUCAUAUGAUUUAUCCAGGAGUUCCUCCUCAGAGCGCGCCGAGGGGGUCCGCUUCAAAGCGAUCAAAUACUUCGAAACAGUCCAGUCGGGCUGGUAGCGCAAUUCAAAGGGACCAUCCAGAAGAAAGCGUAGAUGAAAACGACCCGAGAAAUUGGACUCGUGAACAACAAGUCAACUACGUUGCCCAGCGAAAGAUGAAAGAACUUGACCGACCUACGCUGAAAAUGCUAAAACGCGAAGCUGAGCGAUCCAAAGCUUUCGGCCCCGGACCAAGUCCCUAUAAUUUUGACAAAGCUGAUGCCAAUGCUUUAUCUCCCCCUCCUCGUGUUCCGCGGCCCAUUGACGAGGAUUACUCCGUUCAUGAAUCUCAAGAAUACGUCAGAAUGAAGAAGAGUAGCAAUCACAGACUUCAUCGAGCACAGCCUGGAAUGAUUGUCAAAGUUCGACAACAAAGUAUGGUGGACGUUUCAAUGAAAUAUCUCGGUCGACCGUCUGUUGGCGAUACAGCUUUUCAAGAACGAGAAGAUGUAGUCAUCGAGCAACAACACUGUGGCGGUGAAAAUAUCAAAGUCUUUCAUGGAAAUCUCAGACGAGGAGAAAAGUUUAAGUUCAUUUCUCGACGACAUCGUGGAUAUCCUUUCAGUUUCGUGGUUUAUGUUAACUCAAUCCGAGUUGAACGAAUUUCCUCGUGCUGUGAAUAUCGAUACAAGAAAGGCUCGAAACUUGGUUGCGGAACUAUUCGAUUGUUGAGCGUCAAAGGGGCUGCUCCAUGCUAUUCGUGCAACAUCAGAAACAACAAUCCAAAGGAAAAGCCUGAUCCAGCACCAAGGCCAACCAGUCGACUUGAUACUCCCGAAACAACCGUCAGCUCCAAGAAAUCUGGCAAGCAAUCAGCACCAAAGGGCAAAGGCAAACGAAAAGUUGUCAAAGACGAGGAAUUCAACACCCGCGAAACUCCUGAAAAUGAAGAGCCUCCCCCGCAAGAGCCUGAAGUCAUGAAAGUCCACAGCAGCUCGAGCUCGUCAAGUUCGAGCUCAGAAAGCGAGGAUGAAGCCGAGACCCAGAAAUCGAACAAGUCAAGCUCAUCCUCUGAAACGAAUCCAACUGCGGUCGAAAUUGAGCAAGAAAAGCCAGGAUAUCUGACAGCAGCUCAGGCUCCCCAAGACGACGUGAAAUCAAUUUCAUCCCAGAGUGAAGCACCAUCAAUCAAGGAUGAGCCAGAAAGCCGUCCAAGCACUGCAUCAAGCUCUUCAUCAUCUUCCAGUUCGAGUUCGUCAAAAGUCAGCUCUCGAAAGAGCUCAGUGUCGAGUGUCGUAAGCGUUCAAACAGUGGAGGAUACAAAUGCUGAUCCACCAAGCGCAAGUCCAACCAGUAUCGCGAGCCAGAGCGCUCCGACACAAGAAGACAUCGAAGCUAGUUACCAAGAGCAGGCUGCAUCUGAGCAUAGCGCUGAUAGAAGUUCUAGCCAGGCAACUCACUUGAGUGAGCAAACAAAUGGAAUGACCUCUCCAUAUGCAACCAACUUGGUGAACGAUGUUAUUUUAAAAAUACGCAAGGAAGAUAACCUUGAGGGCACGCGAUCGCCAACCUCGCCCUUGGCGGACGAUUUGGUGGGUGCUGCGUUGACCACGGCGCAGCGCGAGGGCAGCAACAGGAAACAUUCAGUUACCUCCGCGUCUGAUAUUACUCAAGUGACCCCGCGAGAACCUGAAAACUUCAGUUCAUCUUCAUCUGAGGAUUCAACGAGCGACAGUUCAAGUUCUGAUUCUGACACCGACUCUGAAAGAAAUUAA